AUGUGCGAUUGCCAAAACCCUCUCCUCAGUCCGGUCGCCAAGCUGGAUAUCAGAGAUCUCAUCGAGGAGAGUCCCUCUCCCCGACCCAGGACGACACAACCCUCUGCCUUCUCACGAUCGAGCAGCUUUACCUCCCCUCAUACCCAAUAUUCGCAUACGCCGUCUUCGUCAGCUUCCUGCUCUCUGUCUCAUUACUCAGCCGGUACGGCUCCACCAAAUCCCUUCGGUCGACAGCCAGCCCACGGCUCUCAGCAGCUCCCGCCACAGCCGCCACCGCCGCUUUCCAACACAGCUCAAGCAGUGUUCCAGCAGAAUCCAGGCCUGAAUCCAGCUGCAGCAUCUGCCAAGCGUCCCCCACCGAGCGGCAGCCACUCUUCAGACUCCUCCAGAAAGAACAGAGGCAAAUGGACGCCAGCCGAAGAUGCAAAAAUCAUCGUACUCCGUGGCCGUGGCAUGAAAUGGGACGACAUCAGCGUUGAGAUACCAGGCCGCAGCGGCAUCAGCUGCAGACUGCACUACCAGAACUACCUCGAAAAGCGAGCCGACUGGGACGAGGAGCAACGCAACAAGCUGGCGAGAGUCUACGAUCGGUAUGAUCCUUCUCUCUUCUCCAAACUCUACCAACGGCAAGACCAAACUCGCCGUACCCGCAACCGUGCAAACCAAGCAGCUAAUCUUCCUCGCAGACUCAAGUCCGAUCUCUGGAACCCCAUCGCAACCGAACUCGGCGUGCCCUGGCGCGCAUGUGAAGCCAUGCAUUGGGCCCUCGGCGAAGCCGACAUGUGUCGCCGUGCCCACGUACUCCCUUUCCCCAUGGCCACCAGCCGCCCCGAGCCGGCUUCCGCUCCGGCGCCCAGCGCCGGCAGAGUCGCCCAGCGCGACCGCAUGCGUGGCUCCACCCGCGUCUUCGAAGGCCGCGACAUCACCACCAUCACCUCUCCCGCCUUCCACAGCGUCAACGGCAACGGCAACGCCCAAGGCGGCCACGGCCCCCCCUUCGCCGGCAUCCCGCCCCCCAUGAGCCUCCCCGCCAUCGGCACCGGACACGGCUUCCCCGGCUACGAGGAGGAGGAAGAGCAAGACGACGACAACAACGACGAUGACGACGAGCGCCGGCAGGAGGGUCCCCGCGUGCGCCGGCGCAGACUGGGCAGCGCGACCCGGUUGCCCGGCGUCGCGGAGCUCGACCGCACCAUCGCCGCCGACCUCGCCGCUUCCUCCGAGGCGGGCAGGCGCGUCAAGCUGGAGGAGCCCGGCCGCCGCGUCAAGCACGAGCAUGACCGGAGGGGGUCCGGCGGAUCCGGCGGGUCGGGCGCCAGCCGUCGCAGUCGUUGA